UUUAGUUACGUCACCGCCAACCUCGCUCGGACGGCAACCGGCGGGAGUUUUUCAAAAUGGGAGUGCGGAGGCACCGCCCAGGCCUCGGAAGGUGUCAGAGAGACCUUUUGGUGGCUUUACCGUCGUCGCCCGGAGCGGCGGCCUAGAGAGCGAAGCCUGAUGGGCGCCAAGACCGGCUGGCUGCUUGGAGCGCUGCCUCGAAGGGACCGCGCGGAGGAAGCUAAUCCGGGGAGCUCAGGCCGGGGCCUGGAAAUAUGGCGACCUACAUCGGGGAGAAGAUCGAGGAUUUUAAAGUUGGAAAUCUGCUUGGUAAAGGAUCGUUUGCUGGUGUCUACAGAGCGGAGUCCAUUCACUCUGGUUUGGAAGUUGCAAUCAAAAUGAUAGAUAAGAAAGCUAUGUACAAAGCUGGAAUGGUACAGAGAGUCCAAAAUGAGGUGAAAAUACACUGCCAAUUGAAACAUCCUUCUAUCUUGGAGCUUUAUAACUAUUUUGAAGAUAACAAUUAUGUUUACCUGGUAUUGGAAAUGUGCCAUAAUGGAGAAAUGAACAGGUUUCUAAAGAACAGGAUGAAACCCUUCACGGAAAAUGAAGCUCGACACUUCAUGCACCAGAUCAUCACAGGAAUGUUGUAUCUUCAUUCUCAUGGUAUAUUACACCGGGACCUCACACUGUCUAACCUCUUACUUACUCGUAAUAUGAACAUCAAGAUUGCAGAUUUUGGGCUGGCAACUCAAUUGAAAAUGCCACAUGAAAAGCACUAUACAUUAUGUGGAACUCCUAAUUACAUUUCACCAGAAAUUGCAACUCGAAGUGCACAUGGACUUGAAUCUGAUAUUUGGUCCUUGGGUUGCAUGUUUUACACAUUACUUAUCGGGAGACCACCAUUUGACACUGACACCGUCAAGAAUACAUUAAAUAAAGUAGUAUUGGCAGAUUAUGAAAUGCCAGCUUUUUUGUCUAAAGAGGCCAAGGACCUUAUUCACCAGUUACUUCGCAGAAAUCCAGCAGAUCGUUUAAGUUUGUCUUCAGUAUUGGACCAUCCUUUUAUGUCCCGAAAUUCUUCAGCAAAAAAUAAAGAUUUAGGAACUGUGGAAGACUCUAUUGAUAGUGGACAUGCCACGAUUUCUACUGCAAUUACAGCUUCUUCUAGUACCAGUAUAAGUGGUAGUUUGUAUGACAGAAGAAGACUUUUGAUCGGUCAACCACUCCCAAAUAAAAUUACUAUGUUUCCAAAGAAUAAAAAUUUUAGUGACUUUUCUUCUUCUGGAGAUGGAAGCAAUUUUUAUACUCAUUGGGGAAAUCAAGAACAAGAAAAUAAUAAUAGUGGACGGGGAAGAGUAUUCCAGGAUGCAGAAGAAAGACCACAUUCUCGAUAUCUUCGUAGAGCCCAUUCCUCUGACCGAUCUGGCACUUCUAACUGUCAACCUCGAGCAAAAACACAUGCAAUGGAACGAUGUCACUCAGCAGAAAUGCUUUCAAAGCCCACAAGAUCAGAAGGAGAUGAAAAUGAUGAGAGAUACUCACCCACGAAUAGCAAUGUCAAUAUAUUUCAAGUCUUUAAAGAAAAGACAUCUAAUAAUUCCAGAUCUUUUGAAAGACCUGCGAAUGAUCAAGCAUUCUCCAAUCAUCUUUGUCCAGGAAAAACUCCUUUCCCGUUUCCGGACCAGACACCUCAGACUGAAAUGAUACAACAGUGGUUUGGAAAUCUACAAAUAAAUGAUCAUAUAAGAGAAACUACUGAACACAACAACCCAAACAGAGAUUUCCAGGGCCAUCCAGAUUUGCAGGACACAUCAAGAAAUACCUGGACUGAUAGAAGAGCCCCAAAGAACACCGACGCUUCUGAUAGUGCACAUCCUGUAAAACAGACAAACACCAUGAAAUACACAUCUGCACGUCACAGUAAACCUGAGAUAAUUCAACAAGAAUCUGGUUUUGGCUUAGAUGCACUUUCUGAACAAACCAAGACUAGGGGUGUGGAGCCACCACCGAGUUAUGAGAAACGUACACUACGAAGCAUUACCUCCCCUCUGGUUGCUCGCAGGUUGAAACCAAUCAGACAGAAAACCAGAAAAGCUGUGGUGAGCAUACUAGACUCAGAGGAGGUAUGUGUAGAGCUUCUAAAGGAGUAUACAUCUCAAGAAUAUGUGAAAGAAGUUCUUCAAAUAUCUACUGAUGGAAAUACGAUCACUAUUUAUUAUCCAAAUGAUGGAAGAGGUUUUCCUCUAACUGAUAGACCACCCUCACCUACCAAUAGCAUCAGUAGGUACACUUUUGACAACUUACCAGAAAAGUACUGGCGAAAAUAUCAGUAUGCUUCUAGGUUUGUACAGCUAGUAAGAUCUAAAUCUCCCAAAAUCACUUAUUUUACAAGAUAUGCUAAAUGCGUUUUGAUGGAGAAUUCUCCUGGUGCUGAUUUUGAGGUUUGGUUUUAUGAUGGAACAAAAAUACAUAAAACACAAGAUUUCAUUCAGAUGAUUGAAAAGACUGGAAAAUCUUACACUCUAAAAGGUGAAAGUGAAGUUAAUAUCUUGAAAGAGGAAAUAAAAGUCUAUAUGGACCAUGCUAAUGAGGGUCAUCGUAUUUGUUUAGCACUGGAAUCUAUCAUUUCAGAAGAGGAAGAGAAAAGUAGGAGUGCUUCCUUUUUCCCAAUAAUUGUAGGAAGGAAACCUGGUAGUAUUAGUUCACCCAAGUCUUUAUCACCUCCUCCUUCCGUGGAUCCAAACUACCCAGUGAGAGAGAGACCAUCUUUGAGCAGAAUGAUCGUGAAUAAUGCUGCUUCUCCAACGCAAGCACCGAUACUUAAUCCUUCUACAGCCGCAGAUGAAGGGCCCGGCCUUACAACCGCAGCUUCUGGAGCAAGCACCUCUUCUAACAGUGUAAAAGAUUGUCUUCCUAAAUCAGCACAACUUUUGAAAUCUGUUUUUGUGAAAAAUGUUGGCUGGGCUACACAGUUAACUAGUGGAGCUGUGUGGGUUCAGUUUAAUGAUGGGUCCCAGCUAGUUGUGCAGGCGGGAGUGUCUUCCAUCAGUUAUACGUCACCAAAUGGUCAGACAACUAGGUAUAGAGAAAAUGAAAAAUUACCAGAAUACAUCAAACAGAAAUUACAGUGUCUUUCUUCCAUCCUUUUGAUGUUUUCUAAUCCAACUCCUAGUUUUCCUUGAUUAAAAUUCCUUUCAGAUAUAUAAGUUUAAUAAAUAACCUUUCUGAUGGCUUUCAAAUAAAGUGACUUUUUUUUUUUACUUAAUAUAACUUCUUCAGAAAGCCUUUCUAAGAAAGCAAAUUUAAUCUAUACUAUUAAAGACAUGUUCUUAGAGAACACAGCCGAAUGAAUCUUAAGUCACUUAACAAAUGGGUCAUAGAUUAAAAGAAGACACCUAACUUUGCACUUGGAACAUAUAUUCCCAAAUUUACUGUGUUCAUAUAUUUAUACUGAACAAUCUUUUAAAAGCAAAAAUACAUGUGGUGUGUGAUAUAUUUGUGCUUUUAUUGUUUCCCCUACUUCUCAGACAUGUUGAGAAUCGUGGACAAAAUAUGCUAGAGUUUUGGAAUUUUUGAACAUGUAAAUAAUGUGUAUUUAUGUUAUAACUAACAUAUGUAAACAUGUAUAUUUGUUUUAUAUUUAUUUU